CAAAAAGUAUGCGAUAGAAACAAUGUAGUUAUUAGCCCGGUAAAAUUCUCGGCAUUUCUCGUCCUGUCGUUUUCUCUGCUAAGUCGUAUUAAAAGUAAAAGAUUUAUAAAAGAUAUAUCUACCAAAUUAACUUUUUUUUAUUAAACAUUGAAGUAAAAUGUAUGAACCAAUUGCAACAACAGAAAAAUCACAAAAGAUCGAAGCGAUAAACAAAGAAACAAUACAUCGUAUUUGUUCUGGACAGGUAGUGAUCGAUCUCUCAAUUGCUGUAAAAGAAUUAGUUGAAAAUAGCUUAGACAGUGGAGCUACAAUUGUUGAUGUAAAAUUAACAGAUUAUGGAAAAACAUGUAUAACUGUCUCAGACAAUGGAAGUGGAGUUGAAGAACAAGAUUUUGAAGGAUUAGGUUUAAAACAUUAUACGUCUAAACUCCGUGAAUUUUCGGACUUAACAGAAGUAAAUACAUUUGGAUUUCGUGGAGAAGCUCUAAGUUCAUUAUGUGCAUUAGGUGAUCUAAGUAUCGUAACCAGGCAUUUGAUCAAUGAACACGGGUUUAAGUUAGAAUUUGAUAGGAAUGGUUUAUUAAAAAAGAAAGAAAUAUGUGCUAGAGAAAAAGGAACAUCAGUUCAUGUAAAAAAUAUAUUUAAAAAUCUUCCAGUAAGAGCAAAAGAAUUUCAUAGAAAUAUAAAAAAGGAAUAUACACGUACUAUUCAAAUAUUAUACAGUUACUGUCUAGUUUCCGUUAAUGCAAAAAUAACAUGUACGAAUACAAUCUCUGGAAAAUCUUCUAAUCUUAUCGUAAGCACGGCAAAUGCGGAUAGCGUUCUUAAAAAUAUUAUUGCUGUCUUUGGUAAAAAAUCUGUUGAUAGUUUGAUCCAAAUUGAAUUACAACCGCCUGAUGAAACAACUCUGGAAGAAUACAAUCUACCGAAUAAUUCUAAGAUAGACUUUGAUUGGGAAUGUUAUGUUAGCAGCUGUGAUCAUACCUGUGGUCGUUCUAGUCCUGAUAGACAAUUUUUUUAUGUAAACGGACGACCUUGUGAUCUUACAAAAAUAAAUAAACUAAUUAACCACAUAUAUCAUAAAUAUAACAAUAAACAAUAUCCUUUUAUAUUUUUGAAUUUAAAAUUAAAUCAAGAAUGCGCCGAUGUUAAUGUUACACCAGACAAAAGAACUAUUUUGUUCACACAAGAAAAAAUAAUUUUAGCCUCUAUUAAAUUUAAUCUGAUAAAAAAAUGGGAAUCCAUGCAAGGAAAUUUUACUGUAAAAGCAUUGACAGAAUUAAAUUUUGGAUUCAAAAGAAUAGCGUCUAAUACUUACGACGAUCCACCAGCAAAAAGAAUACAAAUUUUUCAUAGAUCUGAAAAUGUUAAAAAAAAAGAUGAAAAAGAAACGCACGUAAAAACAAAUAAUGCUUUUGAAGAAAACAAUGAAGUUGUAGAAAAAUUAUUAAACAUUGAGAUACCUAUCAAUAUAGAAAAAGUAAAAGAAAAAUUUUAUGAAAAAAAGAAUGCAUCUAAGAAUGAUGAUAUUAAAAAAGGAAAAUUGAAGUACAAAGUACGAAUAGAAGCUGAUCAGAAUAACGAAGCUGAGAAAGAACUACAAAGAGAACUUACCAAAGAAUCAUUUACAAAGAUGGAGAUUAUAGGACAAUUCAAUUUAGGUUUUAUUAUAGCUCUGUUAGAAAAUGAUCUUUUCAUAAUUGAUCAGCAUGCAACAGACGAAAAGUUUCGUUUUGAAAAAUUAAGUAAUGAGACGAAACUGAAAACACAGAAAUUAAUUAUUCCUAAACCUUUAAAUCUUUCAUCUUUAAAUGAAACUAUUCUCAUAGAACAACGAGAAAUAUUCGAAAGUAAUGGUUUCGAAUUUAAAAUAAAUACCGAAGAUAACGUCGGACAACGCGUAGAAUUAAUCGGAAUGCCAGUUAGUGGUGGCUGGCAAUUUGGACAAGGAGAUAUAGAAGAAUUAAUUUUUUUGAUCAAAGAAGGAGUGAUAGAAAAUAAAGUUUCUUCGGAAAUCCCUCGUCCAAGUCGAGUUCGGCAAAUGUUAGCGUCAAGAGCAUGUCGUAGCGCAGUUAUGAUCGGUACUGCGUUAAAUAAUACAGAAAUGCAGAAAUUAAUGAUACAAAUGAGUCAAAUGAAAAAUCCUUGGAAUUGUCCACAUGGUAGACCUACAAUACGACAUCUAUUUUCUUUAUUUUUAAUGAAUAGAUAGCACUAAACAGAUGUUUCACCUAAGAGAUACAAGAAUCAAUCGAGAAAUAAAUUUUUUACUCUUGAAUAAGUAGCAUUUUGUAAUACUUAUAAUAACGUAUUACAAAAGUGGCAUAAUUACUUUAAAAUUACGUUAAAAUUAAUUAAAAAGCACGAAGGAAAUUACAAAAAGUAUAUUCUUUUGAAUAUUUUGACAAUAUAUAAUUAAAAUUAUAAAUUCAUUAGACACUAAUAGUACGAAAUAUAUUGUACCCAGAAUGUGCCGUCGAUAUUAUAGUACCAGGACACUGUGGAUGCCAAUGUAAUUCCUUAAUGUCUGUUUGACCUUGAUGUAUAAACAAUAACUGUGGAGGUAAAUCUGUUAUUUCAUUGUC